UAGCUGAAGGACUGCGGACCUGGGACCCACUGCCGCGCUGCGGAGGUCUGUGAAAGAGCCAGAGACCCUUUUUGCAGCCACCGUAUGAGCCCCGAAGAGAAGUCUUGGAGAGGGGGCGGAAGGCUCAGCGGUCCUUUACCAUAGGCCCUAGUCUUGAUCCCUACUACUGGAGGAGUGCGAAGGAGAACGGGGCGGGCCCUGCGGUAGAUGCCAAUAUUAUAUGGAAAAUGGCUUUGCCAGUUCAGCAGAUAUCCAAUGAAAAUAAGAAAUUUUAUCAUCAUCACACAAAUUAGAAAUCACUUCACAAGGCCAAGAAAAACAAAUUUGCAUUGUCUUUUGGCACUGUCUCAGCAGUCUUCUGGCAGUUUUCUCCACUGGGGAUUCAAGAACUACAGGACUUCUUCCUUAUGGAAUAGUUCCCAGGCUCCCAGUUCAAAUGGUCAAGAGAAUAUUUCUGCACAAGGCACUCACCCUACCUCCCUUAAUGAACUUCCACUCAAGACUGAAGUAACCAAUUUUGAUUCACAAAUAUCACUAGAAGAACUGGACGAUUUGUCCCCGAUUUCUCCACUGCAGCAGAUUUCUGAGGAGGAUGCUGUGCAGAUAGUUGCAGAACCUCCUCUGCCCCCAGCUUCAUUUACACUUCGAGAUUAUGUGGAUCGCUCUAAGACUCUGCAGAAAUUAGUGCUCCUAGGGGUCAAUUUGUCCAAGCUGGAAAAACGCCCAGGUGCUGGCAAUCUGCUUCUGAGACUGGAUUUUGAAAAUGACAUACAAAAAAUACUUCUGUUUCUUAAGGAUAUUGGUGUAGAAGAUAACCAAUUAGGAGCAUUCCUUACUAAAAACUAUAUUAUUUUAAGUGAGGACUUGGAGAAUCUGAGGAUCAGGGUGGCUUAUCUUGAAUCAAAAAAAUUCAGUAAGACAGACAUCUCACGGAUGGUUAUAAAUGCACCAUAUCUGCUGAGUUUUCCAGUGGACAGACUGGAUAACAGAUUGGGCUUUUUCCAGAAAGAGCUUGGACUGGAUGUGCAAAAGACCAGAGAUCUAGUUAUUCGUCUUCCACGACUAUUAACUGGAAGUCUCGAGCCUGUGAAAGAAAAUAUGAAGGUUUACCGACUUCAGUUUGGCUUUAAACAUAAUGAAAUUCAGCACAUGGUGACCAGAAUCCCAAAGAUUUUAACUGCAAGCAAAAGGAAAUUAACAGAGACGUUUGACUAUGUACACAAUGUGAUGCACAUUCCCCACCAUCUUAUUGUCAAAUUUCCACAGGUAUUCAAUUCAAAGCUGCUAAGAGUCAAAGAAAGAAACUCAUUUCUUACCUACUUAGGAAGAGCACAAUAUGAUCCCCAAAAACCUAACUAUAUCUCUUUGGAUAAACUGGUCUCAAUUCCUGAUGAAGAAUUCUGUAAGGAGAUUGCUAAAGCGUCACUACAGGACUUUGAAAUGUUCUUAAAAACUCUUUAGUUGUUAAUGAAUGUAAAAGAAUUCCUUUAAUAAUCAGUUAAUAUUUACAUGAAUCAAUAUAUGUUUCAUAUUAAUAACUU